CAGCCGGGCCACACACACUCUUUAGUGAGGCUCGGCGUACACUUUGCACAAUUAGGCAGCAAUCAUGUCCAGUGGAGACAAGUCCAAGUCCUCUUCCCAGACCGACGGGAAGGCCGCACAGAGCAAGAAGUCGGAGAUCGGUCUGACUUCCUACAAGAUGCUGGUGUUCGACCAAGAGAACUUCCAGGGCCGCAUGAUCGAGAUCAGCAGUGAGGUGAUGAACAUCUGCGAGCUGGGCAUGGACCGCGUGCGCUCCCUGCGCGUGGAGUGCGGCCCCUUCGUGGGCUUCGAGCAGAUCAACCUGUGCGGUGAGAUGUACAUCCUGGAGAAGGGAGAGUACCCCCGCUGGGACUCCUGGAGCAACUGCCAGAAGAACGACUACCUGCUCUCCUUCAGGCCCGUCCGAAUGGACCCUGAGAAGCACAAGAUCUGCCUGCACGAGGUGGGAGAGUUCAAGGGUCGCAAGAUGGAGAUCAUGGAUGACGACGUUCCCAGCCUCUUCUCCUACGGCUUCACCGACCGGGUGGGCAGCAUCGUCGUCAGCUGCGGAACCUUCGUGGGCUACCAGUUCCCGGGUUACCGCGGCAGCCAGUACCUGCUGGAGAAGGGCGACUUCAGGCACUUCAACGAGUACGGCGCCCGCACCCCGCAGCUGCAGUCGGUGAGGCGCAUCCGCGACAUGCAGUGGCACCAACAGGGAUGCUACACCACGUCCAGCAAGUGAGGCUCGGGGAGGGAGAGGAAGAGGAAGGGCGGGAGUGAGGGAGAGGGCGGCAAGAAGAGGGCAAGGGGCAAAGAUGUCUGAGGCCUUCAUCCCAGCAGGGAAAUGAGAGCAUCUCCUCAUCUCAUUAAGCCACACCCCCUCACCUCACCUCCAUUCUUUCUCUUUCUCCCCUGUGGGCGGAGCUCAGUUUCCCUUUCUUUCGUUUUAUUUCCACGUCCCUCCGUCUUCACUCCCCCCCCCCCCCCCCCACACACACACACACACACACACACCACGAAGGAGAAGACACCUUUUACACACCAUUCUCAGGUCAGGUUGCAAUGCAUCAUGGGAAACCGAGUCCUCAAGCGCUUCCUGCCCGGACUUCUGACCUCUGUGCAUGACACACACUUUCUGCUGUACACAAUCCUGGCCUUAGUUUACAAUAAAAAAAGGAACA